AUAUAAUUACUUUUGUUAGAAAUUGCCAAACUAUCUUCCAAGUGGUUGUACCAUUGUGUAUUCCAACCAAUAAUGAAUGAUCUUGCCUGUUCUUAUGCGUCCUUACCACUGUUUGGAGUUGUCAUUGCUCUGGAUUUAGCCGUUGUUAACAGAUGUGUAGUCAUAUCCUGUUUUACUUUACAAUUCUCUAAUAAAAUAUAAUGUUGAGCAUCUUUUCAUAUGUUUAUUUGCCACCUGUUUAUCUUCUUUGAUGAAAUGUCCACUCAAAUUUUUUUAUUUAAAAAAAAAAAGAAAAAUCAAGAAACAAAUGAACAAAAAACAAUAAAAACAACAGCAGCAAAGAAAAAUGUAGGCUUUUAAAACAAGAUGAUAGGAAUUUAACAAUGGUUGUUAUAUUGCAUAUUGUUGUCUUCAAAAUAGUUGUUCAGGUUACCAGUUACAGGGAUAAAACAAAACAGUAAAACAGAACAAAACACUGGAUUUCAAAAUAAGACAGAAGGAAAUCCCCCACAGUUGCUAUAAUGCAUGUUGUUAUCCUCCAAAUAGACGCUCAGACUACCAGCUUUUGGCCUGCAAAGUCAAUUGAACAAUACACGCAUUCUGUUAUUAUUAUUAUUAUUUUUACUUCAGUUGUUAUCAUCUCAGCCAAAUUUCCUCUUACUCUGCCCAUUGCUUACUGGGAAGGAUGGGGAUUGCUCUUUUUGUCUUCCAGUCAGCACCCUGGCUGGCUCAUGGGAAGGUAUGGUUUGGUUUCUUGAUUCUCUUCUCCAUUCAGAUCUUUUGUGUAUUUUUAAAUCAGAUUGUUUCAUAUUUUGAGUUUUAAGAGUUAUUUUAGAUUUGGUCCUUUAUCAGCUAUGUGUUCUUCAAAGAUUUCCUCCCAGUCUGUGGUUUGUCUUUUAUUCUCUUCUGUUUUUCAUUGCCUUAUAUUUUUUGAAAUGUUUGCAUAUCAAAGCAUAGUUUCCUUGUCCUUUUUUCUUUUUUAAUUGUAUAACAUAGAACAUCUUCAUAGCAAUGUAUAAAAUAUAUAUAACAGUGUGUAUAUAUUUACACACCCACACACAUUAAAGAAGAGUAAAGUGGGUGUCAGACACACUCACGUUAAGAAGUAGAACAUUAGCUGGGCACAGUGGCACAUGCCUGUAAUUUCAGGUACUUGGGAGCCUGAAGCAGAGCAAUAAGAAAUUUGAGGCCUGCAUGGGAAACUUUGUGAGAUUAUGUAUUUAAAAAAAAAAUACUAAUGUCUUUGUUUUUCUUGACUUUACCAUUUAUACAUGUAUCCCUAAUCAUUAUAAACCCAGUUUUGAAAAAAAAAUGAGUCAAUAUUACCUUAAUGUGUAUAAUCUUUGAUUGGUUUUUUGGUAGGUAUAUAAUGUCUAAAUUAUAUCCGUUUAUGCACCUGUUAUAGAUAAUACCUAGAUCGCACCCCCCGCCCCAUGCUUCAUACACUCACAGGUGGACUUGUGGGAGGUGAUUGGGUCAUGGGGAUGUGAAACUAAUUGUGUUUAGGAGUUUAUAGUUAAAUGUGAUGUUGGGAAAUGAAGUCUGGUUGAAGGAAGUGGAUCAUGGGGAAUGUGGCAUGGCAGGAUCUCUUUUGUGUGUGUGUGUGUGUGUGUGUGUGUGUGUGUGUGUGUUUGAGACAGGGUCUUGCUGUGCAGUUUAGGCCGGCCUUGAGUUCACUUGGUAGCCUAGACUGGUCUCAAAUUUGCAACUAUCCUCUUUCCUCAGCCUACUGAGUGCUGGGAUUACAGGCAUGUGCCACCACGCCUGUCCCCUCUUUCCUCUUUGAUGGCUCUUGUCUAUUUGCAUCCCAUAUUAUGGAUUGUUUCUCUCCCAUGCCCUUCUGCUGUAUUGCCCUGCUUUUGAGCUAGCUGACUAUGGGCUGAAAUCGCUAGAAACUGAGCCAAAACAAACCUUUCCUCCUUUUAAGUUGUGUUAGGUAUUAUGUUCCAAUGACAAGAAAGUUACACAGCACCCAUGUGCUCUUUAUUAAGGCUUAAGAGAUUUUUACAUCAUUUUUUUGAAUUGUAUUAGCUAUUAACUUAAGAGGAGAAAGUAUAUGUUAUGGGUUGUGUUUGGAGAGACCCCCAAACCUCGUGCAGUCAUGGACAGGGCUGAAUCUAGUGUUUGUGAUUGGUUUGUUGUCUAGUGCCAGGAUUGGUGACGUGAGUGCUGCACCCACCCAGGGGUGGAGCUGACAUACAGUGUAAGGGUGGGAAGAAGGUAUGUCUUUCCUCUUUUACUUUGUUUGUUCUUGCUGUUUGUAGUGGCCAUGAAUGUGAUGCCAUCUGGUCUUGGAGCCAGCUGAGUAUGAACUGAAACCCCCAAAAGUGUCAGUUUCUUUCACGGAUGUGACUGUGGACUUCACCCAGGAAGAGUGGGAGCAGCUGGACCCUACUCAGAGGAUUUUAUACAUGGAUGUGAUGCUGGAAAAUUAUAGCAACUUACUUUCAGUGGAAGUGUGGAAGGCUGAUGACCAAAUGGAAAGGGAGCAUGAAAAUCCAGAUGAGCAGGCAAGGCAGUUUAUGAUCCUUAAGAACCAAACUGCACUUGAGGAAGGAGGUAAUCUCUUUGGAAGAACAUUUACGCUGAACACAAACUUUGUUUCUUUAAGACAAAUGCCCUAUAAAUAUGAUUUGUAUGAAAAAACUCUGAAAUAUAAUUCAGACUUACUUAACAAAAGCUAUGCAAGAAAGAAAGGUGAUGAAUAUACUGGAUUUGGAAAACCACUCCUGUAUCUGAAGCAAGAGCAGAAUACUUCUGGAGCAGUUUACUCUGAAUAUAAUAAAAGUGGGAAAGCCCUUGUCCAUAAAGAAGUCAUUUUUAAACAUCAGAAAAUAAAGAACUUGGUUCAACCUUUUAUUUGUAAUUACUGUGACAAGGCCUUCCCCUUUAAGUCGCUCCUCAUUAGUCAUAAGAGAAUACACACUGGAGAAAAACCCUACGAGUGUAAUGUAUGUAAGAAAACUUUCUCCCAUAAGGCAAACCUCAUCAAACAUCAGAGAAUUCACACUGGGGAAAAACCCUUUGAAUGUCCUGAGUGUGGAAAAGCUUUCACCCACCAGUCAAACCUUAUUGUACACCAGAGAGCACAUAUGGAGAAGAAACCCUAUGAGUGCAGUGACUGUGGAAAGACAUUUGCUCAGAAGUUUGAACUCACUACACACCAGAGAAUUCAUACUGGAGAGCGACCCUAUGAAUGUAAUGUAUGUGCAAAAACCUUCUUUAAGAAGUCAAACCUCAUUAUACAUCAGAAAAUUCACACAGGGGAGAAACGCUAUGAGUGUAGUGAAUGUGGGAAAUCUUUUAUCCAGAACUCACAACUCAUCAUACAUAUGAGAACUCACACAGGAGAGAAACCCUAUGAAUGUACUGAAUGCGGCAAAACUUUCAGCCAGAGGUCAACACUUAGAUUACAUUUGAGAAUCCAUACUGGAGAGAAACCGUAUGAGUGUACUGAAUGUGGCAAGGCCUUCAGCAGGAAGUCCCGACUCAGUGUCCAUCAGAGAGUUCAUAUGGGGGAUAGACCUUGAGACUGCUAUGAGGUGGUGUUGUAAAAACUCAGAAUCUCUCCAGUGAAGGAAAAAUAAGCAUUGAAAUUCAUGCCAAGAUAGAAUCUCUCUCAAGUCAGAAAUGUGUGUUAAAAAAUAGCAUUGCAUAUAGAACAUUUUACUGGAAGAUAGGUAUGAUAUACAGCUGAAGUAUACACCUUGGAAUAUAUUCAGUUGUAAAUAGACAUACCCAGCUAUAUUACAGUGAGCUUUGUUUGGUUUUUGUAGCACUAGGGAUUGAACCUGAUCUCUUGCCGAUGUUGGGCAAGUGCUCUUCCAUUGAGCCACAACACCAGCGCACAAUGAGCUUUUUAAAAUCUUGAAAGAACUGAAUAUUCUGGGCAACAGCAUAAAGCCUAUAUUGACAAUACCCUAUGGAAUUUAUGUAUGAAAGUAUGCCACAAAGCACAAAUUCUGUUUUUAAUCUGCAUAUGUGAAUUUAACAGUUAUUGGGAGUUUGAAAUUCUUGUCUUUGGUGCUAAUUAGGAUAUCAAACAAGAUUUUUUCAUACUAUGGUAAACAUCAUGUUUGUUUCAGUACCUUUCCAACCCAGUAUGGGUUCCAAAUGAAAUAUGUUGCAUUUUAAAGUAGUAUGGUGCUGAUUUUUUCUCUUACUGCUUGCUGACAUACAUAAAUUAAUGUGGCCAUUGUCACUGAGCCUCUUUGCUAAAGAAAAGACAGUAUUGUUGGAAUCUUGAAUUGAUUCUUGGUUGAAGAUUUUCUAGAAAUAUUUAUAUAAAUAUAGAAGUGUUAGAUAGCUAAGAGAUCAGUGAAGAGAAGCAGAUGUGACUGUAUUACUCAGUGUGUACUACAGAAUAAAAAUAGGCCAUGCACAGAGAAUAUCAACCAUUAUGCUCUUAUUUUCCCAUGGGAUAUUGACAUACAAAUGCAUAUGUAUUUCCAAAAGAUUGUGUAGCUCAGAAGUCACUUGUAUUUUUGUGUUUCCCUGGUUCUCUUAAUACUUCAUGAAUUGUCUUACAAAAAGUCAUAUGAUGCUAUGUACCUUGAAAAUUCUAGUUACAUUUCAAAGACCUUGGAGGAAAAAUUUAUUUUAAGAAAAGUAUAAAGAAUUCUCUGUUUUGCUUUUUAAAGUUUCUAUGUGUAUAACCCAUUUUAGAGAUGAAUUUUUCUAGUAGUUUGUUUAAAGAAAGGAUCUUUAUUUCCUUGAAUCUCAUUUUCAUCAAUCUAAAACUAUCCUUUUGUGAUCUGACUUAGCAUAAAUUGAUUACGUUUCUUUUUAGAGUUCACACUUUGUAAGUUAGACUUUUCAGUGGUUUCUCCAUAUGCUGUGAUAAUUGACAUUAUAGUUACGUUUUUUGCAUAAUCGUAGUUUGCCAUUUUAGCUUUAUUUCAAGUGCACAAGUUCAACCUCUCCCUCUUAAUCAUACAUCAUGCAGUGGAAUUAUAAAUGGAAAGCAGAACUGGUUUUUAUCAUUUUUGAAGAUCUCUGAGGUAUUGUGACUCAAUAUGAUUGUGAAUGACUUUCUGGAAAACUAUACCAGGACAUCCAUAGCCCAGCAAAUCCUACCUUUCUAAGUUAGAAUAUUACCUACUAAUGACAAGGAAACAAGGGGAAAGAGUUACUUUCAGCACUGCUGUUAGAAAUGUAAAUUGUAACAGCCUUCUUGGAAAACAUUGUUAGUCUGUCUUUUAACAUUGAAAAUAUAUAUACUCUUUAGCCCAGGAAUAUUAACUCCUGGGAAUGUUUUAAAUCUUUUUUUUUUUUUUUUUUUUUUUUUUUUUUUUUUUUAGCGGCACUGGGGAUCAAACUCAUGACCUUGUGCUUACUAGACAGGUGCUUAUGCCACUGAGCUAAAUCCCCAGCCCCUAACUCCUGGGAAUGUAUUUCUAAGAAAAACAUAAAGUGCCAGGACUUGAGAUUUUUUGAUUAUCUAUGUAUUUUUUUGGCAAGGACCAAAAAAGGCAAAAAAAAAAGACCAUCAGUAAGGAAUGGUUUUCCAUAGAAAGGAACGUGUAGGCACAAGCUCUUCCAGGUCUAAUGAAAGAGAGCGAAUAUACCGAUUUUUACAAAAUAAAGCUCAAGAACCUUUGUGUGUGUGUUUGAUUUUAUGGGCCCAGAGAAUAAAAUUCCUCCCAUUGUACCCUUUGAAACUAACUUCUCAGCUGCUCAAGUGAAGGUUCCAGCAGGAAGCUGAACUAACAGAAUCCUUGUGAAAGAAAAGAUGAGGAAAUGGUCAAGGGAACAAAGGAUGGUGAGGCAUCCAGAGACAAGCAGCAUCAAGAACCUGUUGUUUCUCUGGGAACAGAGGGAGGAAGCAGUGUUUCAGGAACCCCCAGCGAGCCAAAAUCUUGGAAGGGGAUUUGCUGAGUGAUGGUGAAGCUCUUGAGAAGCACAGCUUGUGUGGGAGAAACACCUGCAACAGGGAGGCAGGAGAGAUGAAAAACCUCAACUUUCUGCUGCUACCAGUCUCCUGCAGGCGCUUCUGUUGGUUGGACCCCACCAUAAGUGGAGACAAUGUAAUGCUCCUGGGAUAAAAGGACAACAAGGAUGUGGAGUAGAUCUGGAGGGCAUGCAGCAGUGAGCGGAUCAUCACAGUUUCUCAACCUUGUGUUCAGCUGUAACGAGGGUUUCCCUAACAGUCAUCUGCAGCAUGCCUGCUAUUGCUCUUGUAUUCCUUAUACAUUUAGGGUUGGGUGGUUCCACAAAACCCAAUUUCAAAAUAUAAUUUUGGUAUCUUGCACAGAUAGUACUGUAAGCCAUGAAACUUGAUGAAAUUACCUAGAAAACUGUACAGUAAAACCUUGGUUUGUGAGGACAGUUUGUUCCAGAAACAUGCUUACAAUCCAAAGCACCUGUAUGUCAAAGCAAAUUUCCUCAUAAAAUUAUUGGAAACUCA